UGUGUUUGUAGUAACGUUACUGAGAAGCACUAGCUCCUCAGGUGUCCGGAUAUAAUCAGCGUAUAACUGAUACAUAUAGUCGUAAAACUACGAAAACAUAAUGAAAGUCACAUAACAUAAAUCAAAAGCUAGAAUACACAUUUAAGUCGUGAUGUACAUGCAUCUUGUAUGGGCUCGCUCACCUUCCGUAGAAGCAGGAUUUACGACACCGUUCCGUCUUACGGUCAUUGUUGUGACGCUUUGGAGGAAACAUGUGAGAUCCGUUCAUUUGAACAGUUCUUCUCAGAUACUUAUCUAUUAAUUAUUUAGCAGAUAAAGUCCAAAAAUGCACGAAAGGCUGCUUCCCGCCUCUCCGAACUGGUACUGUUCGCGUUGCUGUGACGUCAACAGCAGCGGUUUACUGGGCGUCGGAGCCAAAAACUUACUCUAUUUGAUUGACGUGUCUGCAUCCACCUGCAGGGUUGUUGGUGUCCUCGUUGGCCAUAAAGGGUUGGUGUCAGGGGUUUCCUUCUGCCAGGAUGCGACACAAACUCACCUCUGCGCCACUUCCUCUGGCGAUGGCGUGGUGCUCUUCUGGGAUACAAACACCCAAACUCUUAUACGGGAAGAUGCACACCACCAGAACGCCAUCUCGGCCUUGCACUGGUCCCCCCUGGACAAGAACCUGGUGGUGUCAGGGGAUGAGAAGGGGAUAGUGGUGUGUCACUGGUACAACACAGGGGACACUGCAAGUUUCUUCCCGGAGCCCAGGAGCAUCAUCUGCCUCACCUGCUCCCCUCACACGUGGAGCACAGUGGCUGUCGGGUACAAAGAUGGUAUGAUUGUGCUGAUUGAUGUGAGCAAGAAAGGCGAGGUGACGCAUCGUCUUCGCGGGCACGAUGACGACAUCCAGUCCAUAGUGUGGUCGCCCCUCACCGGCAAGGACGCCUUUUACUGCAGAGCGGAGCCCAGCGACUGUAGCGGUGAGCUCGGAGCGUCCAAUGGGGUGAGUGCAGGUGAGGAGAAAGCCUGCUACCUCGCUUCUGGAAGCAAAGACCAGACAGUGAGGAUUUGGAGCACGGCAACAGGGAAAGGCGUGUCGACCUUGAAGCUGCCCUAUCUGAAGAGAAGAGGUUCUGCCGUGGACCCGACCCUCAAAGAGAGACUCUGGCUCAACGUCCAUUGGCCCAAAGGACAGCCCACGCAACUCGUGUCCACCUGCUUCAGCGGCGAGCUCCUGAUGUGGGACUUAACCAAGACCGGGAAGCAGAAGUGGACCCUGUUUGGCUCGUCCUCCGAGGGACAAAACCACAGCAGGAUCGUCUUCAACACGGCGUCCGUCACCCUGCGGGACGGCAGCGAGCUGCUCCUCAGCACGUCUUUGGACAGAGAGGUCAAAUGCUGGAACCUGGCCUCGCUCAAUUGCUGCUGGACGCUGCCUACGCUGGGCGGGUUCGUUUACAGCCUCGCAUUCUCACCCGUCGGCACUGGCUGCCUCGCUCUGGGCGUGGGCGACAAUAUGAUCCGAGUUUGGAACACAUUGUCCACACAGAACCACUACGACACGCGCUGCUUCUGGCAGGGCAUCAAGUCCAAGGUCACGUCGCUGGCUUGGCACCCGAAAAGAGAGGGAACCUUGUCGUUUGGCACAGACGACGGCAAAGUGGGAAUCUAUGACGUCUUCUCCAACAAGCCUCCGCAGAUCUCCAGCUCCUACCACAAAAAGACGGUGUACUCUCUGGCCUGGGGACCAUCACUUCCACCGGUGUCGUUUGGUUCAGCUGAGGGCAAGCCGUCCUACAGCUUGUACAGCUGUGCCGGCGAGGGCAUCAUUCUGCAGCAUGACCCCUACAAGUUGGGCGGCGACGCCAGCGAUAUCAACGACCUCAUCCGGGAGACCAACAACAUCAAGCACAAACUGUCUCCACACACUGACCUCAGCUGGAAGCCGGAUGGGAAAGUGGUCGCUAUCGGCAACGAGGACGGGUGCAUUGACGUCUAUCAGGCUCCGACUCUGAAGCUUUUAUGCAGCAUCCAGCAGCACCACAAGAUCAUCAACGUGCUGCGAUGGCACCCCGAACAUAACGCCCUCCCAGAGCUGCACGGCCUGCUUGCCUCGGGGUCCAGCAAUGCCAUCGUCUACGUGCACGACCUGCAUUCUGUAUUAGAAAACCCUCCGGAGAGCCCCCUGGUGAUGACAGAGCCGUAUCGCAGGCUGUGCGGCCACACGUCAAAAAUCACCGGGAUGUCCUGGAGUCCUCACCACAGCGGCAAACUGGUCACCGUGUCCUACGACGGCACCGCCCAGGUGUGGGACGUGCAGCAGGAAGCGGCGGUGUCCAACUAUCGGGGUCACGUGGGGUACCUGCUGUGCGUGGAGUGGUCCCCCGUCGACCCCGAUGUCAUCUGGACCGGAGGGAAGGACUUCACCGUGCAGGAGUGGAGAGUCUCCAAGCAGGAGUUCACAAAGCCCCCCAAAGGAAAGAAGAUGAUGGACCUGAAGGAGAAGGCCAAACAGAAGAAGAAGACCAAGAAGCCGACGCCAGAGGUGAACAGUGAAGCUGUUGCUGAGGCGGCUAGCAUCGGACAGGAGCCUUCUGAUGAAGAUGAAGAACAGGUGGAGGUCAUCUCCGCAAACAGUCCUGUACCUCCAACAGCCUCCUUAGCAUCUCAGAGGAAACCCUCGACUGUAAUGAAGUGCAAAGACAAAGCAGACUCAAACCUGCAGAAGAAGAAGAAGGCCCGCUCCUUGCUGCCCAUCAGCACCGCCUUGGACCAUCGGCCCAAAGAGGAACUCCUCCAGGACUGCCUCACCCUGGCGGCUGUCGCACACGGCAGCGCGCCCCCUGCAGGUUGUGUCCCAGGCCAGGGCGAGCACAUCCACCUGGGCCUCUUCUCGGACAGAACAGCGCUGCACCACCUGUUUGAUGCCGAAGAGGAGAGUCACGUGAAGGCCGGCCACUUUGAGUCGGUGGUAUACCUUCGUCUGUGGAGCGGAGACCUGGAGGGGGCGCUGGAGCUCGCCGCUGAGAGAGGAGAACUCAACGACCACCUCCUCUCCGUGGCGCCAAUGGGGGGCUUCAAGGUGUGGCAUAGCAUAGUGGAGCGCUACGUCAAGCAGCUGUGUUUGCAGGAGCAGUACUUGAAGGCAGCAUCUCACCUGCUGUCCAUCAACAAGCUGUACGACGCCGUCGACCUGCUGCGGUCUCACAAGCUCUACAGGGAGGCCAUCGCUCUGGUCAAAGCCAGGCUGCCAAUGGAAGAUCCAGUCCUAAAGGAGUUGUACACCUGCUGGGCAUCCAUGCUGGAGAAGGACGGACAUUUCUCUGCAGCCGCUAAAUGUUACAUCGCUGCCGGUGCCAGUUUUGACGCCGCCAAGGUCAUUGCCCGCAAGAAUGACAUCUCUUCGCUGAGGACAGCAGCCGCUCUUGCCAGUGUCUCGGGCGAGGACACGCUGGCCCAGUCGCUGGCUCUGCGAUGUGCCAAAGACCUGGCUUCCAUGAGAGACUGGAUCGCCGCUCAGGACAUCCUGGCGUCGCAGGAAAGCCUACUGGUCCACAGGCUUCACCUCAGCAUCACCGAGCUGCUGUACGCCGCUCUGACCGAGACGGGCUUUGUCCCCGAGUCGGGCGUCAUCGGUCAUGCAUGGGCGUCACCGGCGAGCGAGAAACACAUCCUGGAACGUGUACAAGAUAUCUGGUUUGAGCAAUUUGGCGUUUCAAAAGGGGGUCGCCGUGACCUUGAGGAGCUCCUGCAGGAACUCAAGGGCGUGGAGAGUCCAACCAGAGUCACCGCCAGCCUUCCUCUGUCACAGGUGCUGCUGUUGUCGUCUCUCCAUGUGGCUCGCUGCGUCCUCUGCCGAUCGCUGGAUGAUGCCGACCAGCUGAUGAAGGAGCUGUGGGAGGCAGUGGCGUGCUUCAGAGAGGCCACAGACUUCUCCGUGUCUGCUGAAAUCUGCAGGAUUCUUAUCCCUGGCGGUGAUGUCGGUGCCGUGGUGACGACGAAACCUCUUGUGUCCGAAGAUGCCAAAGCGGCCGCCAUCAGCCUACAGACGUGGGUCCUCUACUAUCGGCUCUACAAGCACUGGUGGCGCCACCCGGAUGACGACGAGCAACAACAGGAGGCCGUCGUCACCAACGGUCUCAGUGAGCUUGGUUUUGAUGCGUCGUCGCUUCUGUCUGAUGCUCACGCCGCCUGUCAGGCUGAGCAGAGGUCAGUCAGAGAAAUCCAGGAACGCCUGGCCGCUAUGGUGAUGCAACACAGCCGCAUCAACACCACCACCACCACCACCAACGGGGAUGCUCCUCAGGAGGCUAACCAGCAGUCUGAAGAGGAGGACACUUUCCUUUCCUUGACAACAAAGAUGUCCACGCACCAAACGCAGCUGGCCAACAUUCCCGACACCAUCAAGUUGUAUCCCCAUCCAGAUGUCGCCGAGUGCUGCCUCGUCCUCCUCCACCUUAGCCAGUCAUCCCAGUCAGUCUCCGAGUCUCUGCAGCAAGAGGCCAAAGACCUGCUGCGAAAAUACGCAACCAGUCCAACGCUCCGGAAGGCCUCCAAUCGAUUCCUGAGCUGAGUCUUUUGACAAAAAAAAAAACACUUCCACUGUACAGCUUUGUUGAAUUAAAAUGAAAAGUCAAAAAAACAAGUGGCAAAAUUGGACUUAAUUUUUGCUGGAUUUGAUCGUUUUUAGUAAAAAAAAAAAUAAAUCAAAAAAGUGUACAUUGAAAAUACAAAACAAUUUAAUAUACAACUGUUUAAAACAAUGUAGAACGUAAAAACAGAUGGUAACCACAACAUCUUCAAGCCGACGGUGGACAAUUAAUGAGAACAGUAGUUUGUCCAAAGGAGGAAGCAUGCUCGCUGUUAAAACCUUUCACGUCAAGGGGUGUGGAGAAAAUGCUAAAACAUUUUUAUUUUGCAUCAAAAAUUCUGUUUUUUGUUUUAUUUACAGGCUCUUCUCGGCUGUGUUCACUUUUAAAAAGAAGUGAAAGAGUGCAGCUGGAGGAAAAAACAGGCGCUGGUCCCACACUGCUACAACAACAAAAAAUAUAUUUUAAAAGGGUUCUGGAUAAUUGAAUGUUUACUCGGUAAAAUCCUCUAAAAGAAAGAAA